AUCUCAAGUUAAAACUCCAGUAUCUUCAACCAAAUCUAAAACACCAACCACACCAACCACAUUAACUAGGGCUAAAGUGUCAGCUUCACUACCUAAAUCAACACCAGUUAUUUUAAAAUCUAAAUUUCCAACUACAUUACGUUUUACUACUAAGCCAGUAAUUUCUACUACUCCAAAAAGAACUAAUUCAAGCUGGUUUCGGAAAGGUAAAGGAUCUCGAUUUUUCUAAAGAGGUUCUUGACGCUACUAAUAGAAAACGUGCGCUCCGUGUAGCAUCUCCCCCUCUGAAAUGGAACCAAACUGUUUACAACUAUUCCCGAAAGACCGCGGAUAAAUAUAAUUGUAGUGAGGUGUUACAUCAUGUUCCGAAUAAUCCAUAUGCUGAAAACCUAUUUGUCGGUGGACAAAAUGGAAUUUCUGUUGUUGAUGCUUGGUAUAAUGAAAACAAAACAUAGGAUUACAACAGUCGUGAUGAAUUGAAUCAUUUCACAACCAUGAUUUGGGAAUCAAGUACUCAGAUUGGUUACGCUUAUGAGAAUUGUACUAUUCUUACUUCAGGCUUUAACUGGGCGUGGGGGAGUUGUAUAUUGCAUGUGAUUAUGACCCACCCAGUAAUAUGCAUACCCAAGAGGCUAAGCAAGGUAAUAUAUUACCGCCGAGUUAUUAGAGAAUUUUUGUUUGUGCUUUCUUAAUCCGUUCUCAACUAUUUGAUUUAGAUUAUACUUUAUAACUGGUAUACAAGAAUUG